GUGACGUUUUAUUAAAUAUAUAAAGUUAAAACUGCAAUUGUGUACGAGUAAAAAAUGUCAACAAAAUAUUAUAAGAACAUAUCAAUAGCAUAUAACUUAAGCAGAAUUUUUUAAACAAAAUUUAUAUACAACACUGGAGAAAUAUUGUGCAAUAUGUUUAAAGGGUUAAACUGAAAAAAAAAACGAUUUAUGUUAAAGUACAAAAUGAAUUAUGAAAGCUUAGAAGAAAAGAAGGUCCGAGAUCGAGAGAGCAAACCAAAAUGGCAAAAGGAAAUACGUGUAUACCAUUCCAAUUCCGUUCAUCAAAAGAACAACUACGAGGGUCAUCAAAAUCAUUCGUUCCUUAAGACUUGGGUUCGUCAUUUAAGAAUAUAUAAAAUUAUAUUAAUUCUCAUUAUGAUAUUGCUUAUAAUGUCAAUUUUCGCUCAUCGGAGCUUGCUCAAUCCUGAUACAGAUGUACCUCAUAACAAUAUGCAUUACAGAUCGAGAUCUCAACUGGAUGCUUAUGAGGACUUUACAAGUAUGAGAGCAGCUGAUUUAAAAAUAAGAAUUGAAGAAAUGCUACGGAUAAAAAGCACUGUUUCUGUAGAAUUACGUGAACUAGAAUCUCGACGUCAGAAAUUGCAGUCUGAAAUAGGAAUGUACAACCAAAAAAUUGAAGACCUUAAACAAGAACUAUUGCGCGAGCAAACUGAGUUGGAAAGAUUGAAAAUUUCAGUUGAACAAGCUCAAGUUGCUCAAAGAGAAGCUGUGCAAAGAAAUACCCCAGAUCUUGCAUUGCCUCGUACUAUGUUUUCAAAUACCUUACCAGCCAAACUGCCGUCUAUAUCAAAAGAUAUUGGAACUAAAUGCCAAAUGUACAAUUGUUUUGAUCAUUCGAGAUGUAGUUUAACAUCUGGUUUUCCUGUAUAUUUAUAUGAUCCAGACAAAUAUAAUGUCUUAAAUACUGGGUAUGACAUUGAUGGAUUUUUAAAAGCAACUAUAAAACAAACUCUAGGACUCAAUGCUCAUGUUGUAAAUGAUCCUAAAGUGGCUUGCAUUUACAUUGUGUUGAUCGGAGAAGCUCUUCCUGAACACGAAUUAGUAAAAAAUAACCGCUAUGCUGCAGAAGAAGCAGCGGCGAAACAAAAUGUUAAUCAACCCCAAGGAAAUAAUCCUAUUGAUUUUCAUAAAUUGACUAGGAUUCCAUUUUGGGGUGGAGAUGGUCGCAAUCAUGUUCUAAUAAAUCUUUCAAGGAGAGAUUUAAGUUCAAUGGCCACAAAUGUUCUUCACGAAAAAAAUACAAUGCGUGCCAUAAUUGUGCAAUCCACUUUUAUGAAAAAUCAGUUUAGAGAUAAUUAUGAUAUAGUCGUUCCUCCUGUACUUGGACCUCCAACAGGGGAUGUCUGGCAAGAAUGUUCUGCUAUGGUACCAGCAAGAAGACCUUAUUUGCUAACAUUUCAGGGAGAAAUCAGACCAGAUAAUGAGACUUUAUAUGAAAAUGAUGCUGUUGCUUUGGAUGAUUUUAUUGUUGAACAUCUACACGAUAUGUCUGUCGGAUCUACUCAGGAUAAGUUUCUUCUUCAAUUUAAAUGUAUUCCCGCUACAGAACAAAAAGUAGAAUUAGCGCUAUCUGAUUGGGCUCUUUGUGGUACUGACUCGUCAAGGAGAAAUAUUUUAAAAGAUUCAACCUUCGCUCUUAUAUUACCGCCCCGAUCGGGACAAGUAAGUUCAGUAUUAAUGCAAGCAAGAAUAUUUGAAGCUUUACGAUCUGGAUCUAUCCCAGUAAUUUUAGGGGCUGACGAGGUUCGUUUGCCUUAUUCUGAAACUCUUGACUGGAAACGCAUUGCCAUAUUGCUACCUAAAGCCAGAAUUACAGAACUGCAUUUUCUUUUAAGAGCUGUUCCGGAUUCUGAUUUGUUAGUAAUGCGUCGACAAGGUCGUUUAAUAUGGGAACGAUACCUAAGUACAGUUCAAGCUACUGUGGAUACUGUUGUAGCUAGUUUAAGAGAUAGAUUAGGGAUUCCUCCUAGACCAAUUCCCAUGUUUGUAGCUCAAAGUGUAUUCAAUUCAAGUUUUGUUCCAUUGAAGUCUGAUCCACCUGUUUUGGAUGCGGAACCGGAAGAGUCUCUUGGCCCGAUAGAACCUCAAUACCCCAGCCCACAAUUUCGUAGAAAUUAUACGAUCCUAAGGAUGCAAUCGAGAGAAGCUUGGAAUGAUUGGGGUGAUCCAUUUUAUUUGUACCCGCAAAUGCCUUUCGAUCCCGUAUUACCUUCAGAAGCCAAAUUUUUGGGUUCGCACAUGGGAUUUCGGCCCAUUGGAAAAGGAGCUGGAGGUGCAGGAAAAGAAUUUAGUGAAUCAUUAGGCGGAAAUUAUCCACGAGAACAAUUUACCAUAGUAAUGUUAACCUAUGAGAGAGAACAAGUUUUAAUGGACUCUUUGGGUAGGCUGUACGGGUUACCGUAUUUACAUAAAGUAAUAGUUGUAUGGAAUUCACCUAAACCUCCUUUAGAUGAUUUAAGAUGGCCUGAUAUUGGUGUUCCUGUGUCAGUAGUUCGUGGGCAGAGAAAUUCAUUGAACAAUAGGUUUUUGCCUUAUGACGUUAUAGAAACUGAGGCAAUUUUAUCAGUUGAUGAUGAUGCGCACCUAAGACAUGAUGAAAUUUUGUUUGGAUUUCGAGUUUGGCGAGAGCAUCGGGAUAGGAUUGUUGGAUUUCCAGGUAGAUUUCACGCAUGGGAUUUGAACAGCAAUCACGCAUGGAAUUACAAUUCAAAUUACAGUUGCGAAUUAAGUAUGGUACUAACUGGAGCCGCAUUCAUUCAUAAAUAUUACACAUAUUUAUAUAGUUACUGGCUUCCGCAAGCCAUAAGAGAUAAAGUUGAUGAAUAUAUGAACUGUGAAGAUAUUGCAAUGAAUUUUCUCGUCUCUCAUAUAACAAGAAAACCCCCUGUAAAAGUAACAUCAAGGUGGACUUUCAGAUGUCCCGGAUGUCCAGUUUCUUUAAGUGAAGACGAUACUCAUUUCCAGGAGCGACAUCGCUGCAUCAACUUUUUUACUCAAAUCUUUGGAUACACACCUUUGUUAAAUACACAAUACCGAGCUGAUUCAAUACUCUUUAAAACUAGAAUACCACACGAUAAACAAAAAUGUUUUAAAUAUAUAUAAAAUCUAAUUUUCAAUAUCAAUUUUAAACCAUUUAUCUUUUGCAUAGUACAGAAUGUAUGAAUUUUAUAUAAUGAAACACUAAGGCGGCCAUAUUAGUAACGUAAAUCAAUUUAUUGUGAUUUUAAAUAAGUUGCAAAUAUUUUUAUAUUCUAAGUUGUAAUAUUAGUAUUUACACAUAUGUAAUUUUAGGCUUAAGCAUCAAAAUACGCAUUAAUAAGACUAUCUUUUAAUAUUUUCGAAAAUAUUAAAUAAGGAAUUAGUCAAACUUCUUGUUAGUUACUAUAUAAUAAAUUACAUACUUCUAUUUAUAAUUUCGUUUUAUAUUUUUGAUUAAAAAU